AUUCACAGCGCGGCCACCGCGUCGCUGCCGUCUCCUCUUUUCCACGGUUCCACCUAACACCCUCUGCUCGCCACCCUCUCCGCCGCUCCUGCUCCCGAAACCCUAGCGGCGAGGAUGGGCCGCAAGCGCCGCGAGCCGUCGCCGCCGCCGCCCCCGCCUCCGGAGGAGGAGUCUUCCUCCGAGGAAUCCAGCUCCGCCGAGGAGGAGGAGGAGGAGGGGGCGGCGGAGGCCACCCCCACAACCCAAAAUCCCCCCAGCCCCUCUUCCGCCGCCACGGCCGACGACGCAGACGCCGAUUCGUCGGAUGGAAGCGACGAGGAGUCCUCCGAGUCGGGGAAGAUCGACGCCGAGGCCUUUGAGCUGCGCCAGAUCGCCUCCUCCAACCCGCCGGCGGCUGCGGCUUCCGAGCUCGAAUCCGACGACCACGAGCCUUCUCCGCAGGGCAAGGGAAAGAAGAGGGCUAAGGCUGGGGCGGAUCCCUCUCCGUCCGGCAAGGCCAAGAAGGCUAAGGCCGGGGCGGCGGAGAAGGCACCCUCCGUGCUCACUCCUUCCAGUGAGGGUAAGAAGAAGCGCAAGGCCCAGCCGGAGAAGACUACACCGUGGAGCAAGCCUGAGAAACCUGGUCACCUCAGGCGCUGGACAGCCGAGGACGAGCUCAAGAUCCUGGAGGCUCUUGUUCACCACGUCAAGGCCAAUGGCACCCGUCCGGGCGCUGGUGAGCUUAUUGCUGCGGUUGGUGGCAGCCUCGAAAGGAAGAACUGCACCAAGACGGAAAUAUAUGAGAAAGUGCGAACUCUUAAGCUGCGCUAUGAGAAAGCGGUGAGCACAGGCGCUCUGCCAGAGAAAGAUGAUGACCUCCGCAAGUUCAAGCUCUCGGAGCAAGUCUGGGGAGAAAAUGCAAAGCAGGUCGCUGCAGCCACCAUGGCCCAAAAUGAGGCUGCUUCCUCAAAGAGCAAGAAGAAGGGGCAGACUAGCAAAGAGAAAACAGAGGGUUAUUCAAAGGGUGGUACAGUGAAGGAGGACACCACCAUUGCCGUCGAUGAAAAUGUCGGAACUUCGACCGAGCUUAACAAGGGGCAGGCCACCGAAGAGAAGGUAGACGAAGAUAGCAAAGGCAGGUCAUCAAAGAAAGCUAGAACUGCUGAUACUCCUGCUAAGAGUAGAAAGCGGGUAAACCACAAGGAGGAAUUGGAAGGCGAUGCAAAAACUGGCACUGCAAAGGAGACUGUGGAUACUACCGCUCAAAAUGGUGGCACUUCGGUGAGGAGCAAGAGUGGAAAGUCUGACAAAGAGAAAGCGGAUGAAGAUGCAGAGAGCCCCACGCUAAAGGAGGAUAUGGCUGACACUCAAAAUGCUGUCACCCUUGAUCUGUUUAAGAAGGAAGGGGAAACUCAUGACGAGAAAAUGGACACUGAUGCUAACGUGAAAGGCACGCGCAAAGGUUUUGAUGAAUUGCAGAAAUUGUACCCUAACCUUACCUCUUUUGUGGAGGAGAUCCAGGCCCAGCAUCCAUGUGGGGAGACACUGAAGAGAGUAUUUGAGUUCAUUAAUGAUGAGAAGGCAUCUGCUUUGGAAUCCAAGAUCAAGAAGCAAAGAGUAUCUGAGUUGAGGAUGGAGAUGCGCCGAGCUGACACAAAAAAGGAGGUGACCAACAUAUUUAUAGGAUUGCUGAACUAAGCCCUUCUGUUGUUGUCAACCCAUUUAUGCGCAAUAUAUGAUGUUCCGUUCCUGAUCGAACUUCUGGUUUUGUUCGCUUUGAUUGCCAUGUUGCUGCUGGGUAGAAAAACCGAUUGAAGUAUCAAAAGGUUGCUUCAACGUGGAACUGAUGGAUGGGCGUGAGACAUGGUGACGAGCUACUGUUGUGGCCGGCUAUUAUUUUGUUUAUGGUUGGUGGUGGUCAGCUGACUCAUACUGUCUUAUGCCAGUACCUAUGUUGGUGUCAUGUCUAGAAAAUGUGGCGUGGUACUGCUGACUAUGACUUGAAUUUCUGUUUCUUCUGC